CGCCGCCAUGCUGCCCGGGGUGGGCGUGUUCGGCACCAGCCUGACGGCGCGGGUCAUCAUCCCGCUGCUGAAGGACGAGGGCUUCGCCGUCAAGGCGCUGUGGGGCCGCACGCCCGAGGAGGCGGAGGAGCUGGCCAAGGAGAUGAGCGUCCCCUUCUACACCAGCCGCAUCGACGAGGUCUUGCUGCACCACGACGUGGAUCUGGUCUGCAUCAACCUGCCGCCGCCGCUGACCAAGCAGAUCGCCGUCAAAACGCUGGGGAUCGGGAAGAAUGUCAUCUGUGACCGAACAGCCACGCCUCUUGAUGCCUUUAGGAUGAUGUCUGCUGCCCACUACUACCCCAAGCUCAUGAGCAUUAUGGGUAACGUUCUCCGUUUUCUGCCUGCCUUUGUGAAGAUGAAGCAGCUGAUCCAAGAAGGCUACGUUGGAGAGCUGCUUGUGUGCGAGGUACAGGUUCACAGCGGCAGCCUGCUGGGGAAGAAGUACAACUGGAGCUGUGAUGAUCUGAUGGGAGGUGGGGGCCUGCACUCCGUCGGGACUUACAUCAUUGACCUCCUGACCUUCCUCACUAGCCAGAAAGCCGUGAAAGUGCAUGGGUUGCUUAAGACUUUUGUGAAACAGACCGACUACAUCAAGGGGAUACGGCAAAUCACGAGCGAUGACUUCUGUACAUUUCAGAUGGUCUUGGAAGGUGGAGUGUGUUGCACUGUGACCCUCAACUUCAACAUCCCUGGGGAAUUCAAACAAGAUAUUAUUGUGGUAGGUUCCAGUGGGCGGCUGAUUGUAGUAGGAACUGACUUGUACGGACAAAGCAAUAGCUCCUCACAGAAGGAACUCCUUCUGAAGGAUUCCACACCAGUCAGCAACUCCUUGUUACCUGAAAAGGCCUUCAGUGACAUCCCAUCCCCAUACCUCCGAGGAACAAUAAAGAUGGUGCAGGCUGUUCGGCAGGCGUUUGAAGAUCAGGACGACAGAAGAACCUGGGAUGGUCGGCCGCUCACAAUGGCUGCCACGUUCGAUGACUGCCUCUAUGCAUUGUGUGUGGUGGACACCAUUAAAAAAUCAAACCAACUAGGUGAAUGGCAGAAUAUUGUGAUUAUGACUGAAGAACCAGAAUUAAGCCCUGCGUACUUGAUCAGUGAAGCUAUGCGCAGGAGUCGAAUGUCUCUGUACUGCUAGCUUCUUCUCACAUUUGGCGGGGGGGUGG